CGUUUUUCACCACAGCGGGCGUGGUUAUCUAACGGCGUCGUCGAUGGGCGUCGUCCCCACCACGGCGGUAAUGGUUUAUCUUAUCUGACGGAGUUGCCCGGGAGCAUCAUCUUCCUCUCACACAACCACACGCCAAGGCACGGUAGUGGCGAAGGGAGGAUGAUGGCUUUCUCACCGUCGAGGAUCGUCCUCUUCGCCUUCGUCGUUCUCCUCGUCGUACCCAUUCUCACCUCGUCUUCCACACCCUUCCUCGUCUUGCACGGUGUCGGAGACCAGUGUGAGAACGCAGGAAUUACGGAAUUCACUAAGCUCUUGAGCACUUGGUCCGGCUCCCAAGGAUAUUGCCUAGAAAUUGGAGACGGGAUGUGGGAUUCAUGGGUGAUGCCUCUAGAGAAACAGGCUAAUGUUAUAUGUGAAAAGGUAAAAGAAAUGGAGGAGUUCAGAAUGGGCUACAACAUAGUUGGUCUUUCACAGGGAAACUUAAUUGGUCGGGCAGUUGUUGAAUUCUGCGAUGGACCACCUGUUAAGAAUUUAAUCUCACUGGGUGGACCUCAUGCUGGUACUGCUUCUGUGCCGCUUUGUGGUUCGGGGAUUAUAUGCAUGCUCGUGGAUAACCUCAUCCAGUCAAAGGUCUACUCCGACUAUGUGCAGGACCAUCUAGCUCCUAGUGGUUAUCUCAAAAUACCAACGGAUAUCCAAGAAUAUUUGGAAGGAUGCAGGUUCCUGCCAAAGCUGAAUAAUGAGCUGCCAAAUCAAAGAAAUUCCACUUACAAGGAAAGACUUGGUAGAUUACAGAACUUGGUCCUUAUCAUGUUUGAACAUGACACAAUAUUAAUUCCUCGAGAGACUGCUUGGUUUGGAUACUAUCCAGAUGGUACUUUUACUACUGUUUUGCCUCCACAGCAGACAACACUCUACACUGAAGACUGGAUUGGUUUAAAGGCUCUGGAUGAAGCUGGGCGGGUUAAAUAUCUUACCGUCCAAGGAAACCAUCUCCGAAUCUCUCGGGAUGAUAUGAAAAAGUAUAUAGUUCCUUACUUGGAAGACGGACCACCAAUAUUCCCGAAAGAAAAACUUCUGGUUUCACAAUGGGGAGAGAUGACACCGGUUGCUGAUGAUCAUCUGCUUUCCUCCACUUAAAGAACUUGAUGAGCAAUGUAUGGUUACAUAAAACAUAUAUCCUACGAUAUUAAUGUGCCUAAAUGGAACUUGUGGAAUCUAGUUAUAUUAUAAGUUCCUAUAUAUUGUAGAUGAUAUAUAUGGGACUACUACUACACUCUUAAAAUUUGCAUUGGAACUGUUUCUAUU